AUUCGAAAGCUGAUUACUGAAGCUGAUGGAUAUCAACCUCAUUUAAUUGCUCCUGAGCAAGGAUGCGGCCGUCUGAUUGAAUCGUCAUUAGUGACCAUUAGAGGUCCUGCUGAGGCAGCUGUUGAUGCGGUUCAUUCCAUAUUGAAGGAUCUGGUUCACAAGGCCGUUAGAGAGACUCCAAACUACAUGAAGUUAAGAAGAAAAGGGAAAAUAGUUUUAGUAUCCAAGCAAGAACUAGAGUUUGACUAGUUGUUCAAUUCCUUAGCUUUUUAAGUAAUGAAAAGCUUUGGAUUUUUUGACUUGAGAAGAUUGAGUGAUCCACAUUUGAUCCUGUAUAAAACGGUGUAGUUAUUAUAGUAUGCUCACAAACCAUAACUUUUUCUGCUGUUUGUUACUGUUCUUUUUUCACUUUCAGUUCAUUAUUGUUCAAGCUGACAGAUGAAUGUUACAUUGUUAUGGUUCUCAGGAGUUAAAGCAGUACCCUGCUCUCAGGGUUGAGGUUGCAAAUGCAGCUAUCGAGUCACUUGAAAGAAUGAGGGAACAAAGCAAAAGGGCAACACUUCAGUUAGUUGAUAUGGAAUGUAGUUACUUGACUGUUGAUUUCUUCCGCAAGCUUCCUCAGGAUGUUGAGAAGGGUGGCAACCCAUCACAUUCGAUUUUUGAUAGAUACAAUGAUACAUAUCUGAGGAGAAUUGGUAGGCUUUGUGAAGCACUGCUCCUUGCUGAUUUGAACUAUUCUCCUUUGUCAGAAUUUGCUCUUCCUCCUGUUGCUUUUCCCAGCUAUGCAAGCACCUCCUCCACUAUAAGUUCCACUUCCAAGCUCCAUUGAUCCAAUUCCCCAUUUGUGAAAUUUGAUUUUUUCUUCCUGUUGACAAUGAAUAAAGCCUCGAGUAUUUG